GUCAAUCAGGAAGGCGGCUGUUGGUCAGUUGACUUUUUGUGGACCAUGUGUUUUGGGGACUGUGAGAACAAGAGGUCUGUUAUGACUUUCUCUUUUUGGAUUAUUGUGAAUGGGAAAGGUUUUAUACUAUUAUAAGUUUGGAAAUAUACGUUGAAAUGUACUCAUUUGAAGGGAAUUACAAAUCAAAGCGAUCAUUAGUGCUUGAUCAUACCCAAAAGUUGUCAACCCAUGCACUUGUUCAAAAAACACGUGAAGAACGAAAGUCACGUGAAAAUAUGGUCAAACAAGAACGUGCCGCUACUAAAAUUCAAAAAUGUCUCCGAGAUUAUGUUGCACGAAAUAAAAUGAAACGUUACUUUAUUGGAUUAUUGAAUGAAUUAUCUAAACAAUUAGAUGAUAUAAUAAAUAAAACUGGUUUCAAUGUGGAGCAUGAAUUUGAACAUAAAUUAUUGAAGUUACUUCAAUGUUUCAAUACAUGCUAUCGUAAUAAAAGUCCGGAACAAAAACAUCUUUUUACUGUUUGUCGUUUAUUAUUGUCCAAACAUGGAAAAAAUGCACAAGUCAGCUGGUUAACUAAUGGUUCUGUUGACCAUAUUUUCACACUAGGGAAUUCGUUAUUAAUCAACAUCAAAUAUUUAACCAAACUUCCAUCAUUAACAACAUCAUCAAACUAUACAUUACCGAUUCGUGUAUUAGAGGAAUUAUUCAACAUUUUAAUCGGAACUUGUUCAUCUACAAAAAUCUCUUUAUAUUCAAAACAACUAUACUUCAGUAUUGAAUGGAUUUGUCGACAUUUAUCAAAACAUCAUUAUUUUAAUCAUUUGGCUUAUUUUAUGGAUCAACAAUUACCAACUACAACUGGUGGUUACCUUAGAAAUUUCACUACCCAAUCACAAGUAUUUGAUCCUGUGGAAUUUUUCAAAUUACCAAAAACUCGUUCUUUUAUUAAUCUAAUAAUUGCACCGUUGAAAUGUGCUUUUAACUUAUCGGAUAAUGAUAGUCCAUUUUCUAAUCCAAUGGUCGAUUUGUAUCGUGAACUUGUUUUCACAGCAUUAAAUGAUAUUCUCAUAUCAACUAUUGAUGAUCACAAUACUUAUAUUAUCGGUGAACGUGUUAUACUCAGUGUUGGUAUGGAAAUGUUCAAACUACCUAAUCUACAUCAAAUUGUUAUUCAUGGAUGUUUAACAGCGGUUGAGAAUGAAAAUAGCCAAUUAAACACUGAACAACAACGACAGAAACAACAACCACAUAAUGGGACUAUUUCAUUAAUUCCUUCUAUCAAUUUAUUACACCUUUUUGUGACUGUGGCUAUACCUGGCAUGUUAGUAAAAUGUGAUUCAACCACAACCACAUCAAGUUCAACUGUCCAUACAACCGAGUCAUCAAUGAUACAAGAUACUGAUGACGAUGAUAAUCACGAAGAAGCAGUGACAGAGGAAGAAGGAGGUGACGAAUCAUUGCCAGUUCUGUUAGCUACUGAAUCUUACACACAUUAUACAUGGUCUGGUUCACCUUUAGAAGCUGCGAUAACGAUACGUUUUGUUGCUCGGAUACUUAUGAGUUGUUUAACGGAACCUCAUCUGCCUAUUGUUCGUCCAAUUACUGAUCCUAAACCGUUACAACUACGAAUUGGACAAGGAGAAGAAUUAUCAGAUGAUGACGAUGGUGAUGAUGACGACAACAAGAUUAAUGAUAAUCAUAAUAGAAUGAAGGGAGUGGAAAUCAAUGAUCAGGAAAUGAACAUGUCAGCUGAAUUUACUAGAAGUACUAAUAACUGUAGUCUUAUUUCAGAGGCUGUCUCGUUUCAACCAGCUACUCAACUGACAAAAAUCUCUGCGUCACUAAGUCAUAGUUUACCGGCGCUAGCAGCUAGUUCAUUGUCUACACUGGAAAAUUUCAAUAGUGAUUUGGAUAAUCCAGAUAAAUUGGAAUUAAUUCGUUCUUCAUCAUAUCUACAUUAUUGCCUUUCUCAAGUAUGUGGUCUGUCUAGGACAUCAUUAAUACGCAUUAACUCAAUUUAUUCACAGUAUACAAUCUAUUUACGUUGUUUAUGGAAAUUAAUUGAAAAUACUAAAUGUUUAAAUAAAUCAACAUUAAAUUAUUCAAAUACCAAUAUGUCUACAUUGUUUAAUAUUUUAUGCUCGGGUGAAUUACCUACUCAUUUAGUGGAACUUCAAAGUUAUCUUCCACUGAUAUUUACAUUUGCUGAUUGUCUUCAUCAUCGCUUAUUAUGUUUAACUGAUUCGGAAAUCUGUGACAUCUUAUCGGAAGCGAACUACACCAACUCCAACGAUUAUCGUCAUCAACAACCAAUCAAUAAUAAUAGUGAACCUUCACGAGGAGGUUGUGGUUUUCGUGCUGAUGAAUUAUUACAAGUUGGUGCAAGACUUCGUGAUCUUAUGCUCGGUCUAAUUGAUUUGUCACAUCCUGAUCAAGUGCCGAAACAAACUCGCUGUAAUUUACAAACAGAUACACAUUGUGUAGAAUCAAUGGAACAACGAAAUUAUGGUGCAGUAUUACGUAGAAUAGAACAAUGGGUCGAAAUAGCCGAUCUUGGCAGUUCACCUAUUGGUGAUCUAAUGAUGCGAAAUUAUACACAAUGGUCGAUACCGGAUUUUCGUCUUUUACUAUAUUGUUGGUGUAGUUUACUGCGUCGAGUUGAACGGUUAGUAUUUCAAAUCUAUGAUUGGGAUCGUCGUUGUCGACGUCAACAAGAUACUAGUCUGCCUAUCUACCUUUUACAAAAUCCACAAUCCACAACGACAUCAGCUUCUACAAAUGCAUCAUCUACAUUUUCAUCAUCAUCCUCAUCAACUGAUAUUGCACGCGUAACCAAUUCACCACGUCUACCACUUGGCACACCAAGUGUUAGUCAAACAUUUUGGUUGAAAGAUAACUUAUUUGAUUUAUUAAAUACUACAGAAUCACAAUCUUCAUGGUUUGAAAAUCAAGGUUAUCAAAAUACAUUGGCAUUAGCUGGUGCACCGUUUGGUUAUUAUAGUAUUUUGAAUCCAGAUCGAAAUCAAGAAUCAUUUUCUUUAUCCAAUCGUCAAAUACGUCAAGUCUUAUUAUUGAAAAAAGUUCCAUUUGUUAUACCAUUUGAAAAACGAGUUAAAUUAUUUAAAAUUCUAAUCAAUGAUGGUAGUACAUAUAAUCGUAAUCCAUUUCGACGAAUAUAUAAUAUGUCUAAUCAACCAAGUGUUUCUCUUGUUGUUCGUCGAACUCAUUUAUAUGAAGAUGGUUUUGAGAAAUUAUCCAAAGAAAAUGCACCCAAUUUACGUCAACGUUUAAAAGUGACCUUUUUAAAUCCAACUGGUUUAGCUGAAGUUGGUAUUGAUGGUGGUGGUUUAUCAAGAGAAUUUCUUACUGAAAUUAUUCGUGCUGGUUUUGAUCCAACUAGAGGAUUUUUUAUUUAUGCAUCAGAUAAAACUUUAUAUCCAAAUCCACAAGCAUCUGCAAUUACAUUGGAUUAUUUAAAGCAUUAUUAUUUCUUAGGAAGAAUUUUAGCAAAGGCAAUUUACGAAGGUGUGCUUGUCGAACUUCAGUUCGCUUAUUUCUUCUUGGCGAAAAUUGUUAGUCGAAGUGGCGGUGGCGGAGUUGGCUUUGAUUAUCUACAUUCACUUGAUCCUCAAUUGUAUAAACAAUUAUUAUUUUUAAAAAAUUACAAAGGGGAUGUACGAGAUUUAUCCUUAGAUUUCACUAUGGUUCAAUCAAUUUUUGGUCAAUCUGAAACGAUCGAAUUGAAACCAGGUGGAAAACAUAUACCAGUUACUGAAGAAAAUCGUGUUGAAUAUGUACAUUUAAUUGCGAAUUAUAAAUUAAAUAAAAUGAUUUAUCCACAAGUACGAGCUUUUACUGCUGGAUUAAAUGAUGUCAUACCAAUUGAUUGGGUACGUCUUUUUGAUGCAGAAGAAUUACAAACUCUUAUAUCUGGAGCUGAUAUGGUAAUCGAUGUGAAUGAUUUAAAACAGCAUACAUUCUACAUUGGAAAUUCAUUAAAUUAUACUGAAACAUUAGAUUGUUUUUGGUCAGUAUUACAUAAUUUUUCUGAAUCUGAUAAACGUUCAUUUUUACGUUUUGUUACUGCAUGUUCACGUCCACCAAUGUUUGGUUUUCGUGAAUUACAACCACCAUUUUCAAUACAAAUUACUGAUGAAAUUGAACGUUUACCAACUGCAAGUACAUGUACAAAUUUAUUAAAAUUACCUAAUUUUCGUAAUAUGAAACUAUUACGUGAACGUUUAUUAUAUGCAUUAAAUGCAAAUGCUGGUUUUGAAUAUGGUUAAAUCCAAUCAAGUAAAAUGAUGAUGUUUGUUUAAUUGUUUACUUACUUACUUGUUUGUUUGUUUUUCCUUUGUAAACAUUCAUGUAUUCAUUCACUUAUCAUGUUGAUAUUUUCUUAAAUUUAUCAAUUGAGUAGAAGAUUUCGCUUUUUUUUUCCUUCUUUUUUUCGGUUUUUUUUAUAUAAAAAUUUCUACUAACAUUAUCAAUACUACUGUAUACUUAAGUAGUAGUAGUACUACUACUACUACUAACAUUUUGGUUAUAAUCAUUUGAAUAUAAUAAUAAU